ACGUUUUCUUUGUAUAAAUACAAUACAUGAACUAUAGACAAGGAGAAGCAAGGCGAAGCAAUUAAAGACAAUUUCGUGAAGAUUUUUUUUUUUUAGGUCAAUCGUGCAAAGAUGCAGAUCUUCGUGAAGACCCUGACAGGCAAGACCAUCACCCUCGAGGUUGAGCCAAGCGACACCAUUGAGAACGUGAAGGCCAAGAUCCAGGACAAGGAGGGCAUCCCCCCAGACCAGCAGAGGCUGAUCUUUGCCGGCAAGCAGCUAGAAGAUGGCCGCACCCUCUCCGACUACAACAUCCAGAAAGAGUCCACCCUCCAUCUUGUGCUGCGUCUCAGGGGAGGCAUGCAGAUCUUCGUCAAAACCCUGACAGGCAAGACCAUCACCCUCGAGGUUGAGCCAAGCGACACCAUUGAGAACGUGAAGGCCAAGAUCCAGGACAAGGAGGGCAUCCCCCCAGACCAGCAGAGGCUGAUCUUUGCCGGCAAGCAGCUAGAAGAUGGCCGCACCCUCUCCGACUACAACAUCCAGAAAGAGUCCACCCUCCAUCUUGUGCUGCGUCUCAGGGGAGGCAUGCAGAUCUUCGUCAAAACCCUGACAGGCAAGACCAUCACCCUCGAGGUUGAGCCAAGCGACACCAUUGAGAACGUGAAGGCCAAGAUCCAGGACAAGGAGGGCAUCCCCCCAGACCAGCAGAGGCUGAUCUUUGCCGGCAAGCAGCUAGAAGAUGGCCGCACCCUCUCCGACUACAACAUCCAGAAAGAGUCCACUCUCCAUCUUGUGCUGCGUCUCAGGGGAGGCAUGCAGAUCUUCGUCAAAACCCUGACAGGCAAGACCAUCACCCUCGAGGUUGAGCCAAGCGACACCAUUGAGAACGUGAAGGCCAAGAUCCAGGACAAGGAGGGCAUCCCCCCAGACCAGCAGAGGCUGAUCUUUGCCGGCAAGCAGCUAGAAGAUGGCCGCACCCUCUCCGACUACAACAUCCAGAAAGAGUCCACCCUCCAUCUUGUGCUGCGUCUCAGGGGAGGCAUGCAGAUCUUCGUCAAAACCCUGACAGGCAAGACCAUCACCCUCGAGGUUGAGCCAAGCGACACCAUUGAGAACGUGAAGGCCAAGAUCCAGGACAAGGAGGGCAUCCCCCCAGACCAGCAGAGGCUGAUCUUUGCCGGCAAGCAGCUAGAAGAUGGCCGCACCCUCUCCGACUACAACAUCCAGAAAGAGUCCACUCUCCAUCUUGUGCUGCGUCUCAGGGGAGGCAUGCAGAUCUUCGUCAAAACCCUGACAGGCAAGACCAUCACCCUCGAGGUUGAGCCAAGCGACACCAUUGAGAACGUGAAGGCCAAGAUCCAGGACAAGGAGGGCAUCCCCCCAGACCAGCAGAGGCUGAUCUUUGCCGGCAAGCAGCUAGAAGAUGGCCGCACCCUCUCCGACUACAACAUCCAGAAAGAAUCCACCCUCCAUCUUGUGCUGCGUCUCAGGGGAGGCAUGCAGAUCUUCGUCAAAACCCUGACAGGCAAGACCAUCACCCUCGAGGUUGAGCCAAGCGACACCAUUGAGAACGUGAAGGCAAAGAUCCAGGACAAGGAGGGCAUCCCCCCAGACCAGCAGAGGCUGAUCUUUGCCGGCAAGCAGCUAGAAGAUGGCCGCACCCUCUCCGACUACAACAUCCAGAAAGAGUCCACCCUCCAUCUUGUGCUGCGUCUCAGGGGAGGCAUGCAGAUCUUCGUCAAAACCCUGACAGGCAAGACCAUCACCCUCGAGGUUGAGCCAAGCGACACCAUUGAGAACGUGAAGGCCAAGAUCCAGGACAAGGAGGGCAUCCCCCCAGACCAGCAGAGGCUGAUCUUUGCCGGCAAGCAGCUAGAAGAUGGCCGCACUCUCUCCGACUACAACAUCCAGAAAGAAUCCACCCUCCAUCUUGUGCUGCGUCUCAGGGGAGGACUUUAAGUUUCCCCUGCUUUUUUCAAAAGUGACUAAAUAUAGUUUUUUUUAUUCUUGAAGCCAUAAAGGCAAAAUAAAGGUAUUUUGUGUUCAGUUUCCUUUCAUAGCUUUGAGAUGUUAUUAUACGUUGCAUUAUUGAUUAUCUUAAAUUGAUUACAUGAGGUGUCUUUCACAAUGUAUAAGAAAAAUGGCAUAUUGUCACACUUGUAAUGAAACAAUGCUAUUUAAUUAAACAUUUAUAUAUCUCUAAUUCUCCAACACUAUAAAUUGGGGCCCCAGAUUUGCAUUGUUUUCCUUUCUGUUAUCCUCCUAAGACCCAGCAAUUCAUUUUUCCUCUCUUGUGGACAUCAGUUCUUGUUCUUUAUCUUUAAGCAAGUUUCCCCUGCUUUUUUCAAAAGUGACAAAAUAUAUAUAUUUAAUUCUUGAAGCCAUAAAGGUAUUUUGUGUUCAGUUUCCUUUCAUAGCUUUGAGAUGUUAUUAUACUUUGCAUUGUUUAUCUUUGAUUACAUGAGGUGUCUUUCACAAUGUAUAACAAAAAUGGCAUAUUGUCACACUUGUAAUGAAGCAAUGCUAUUUAAUUAAACAUUUAUACAUGCUAAA